UUCAAAUUGAUUGUUGCUGUGUCGGCGAAUCGGUGAUCUCGCUAGAUCUGUGAAUUCUUGUUUGCGAAUCCCAUAACAAGAAAGUGUGCCACUGUUUUGUCGAUAUCAUUCUAUUAAAUCAAUACUAUUAGCGUAUAAGUAAUUAAUCACCAGUGAAAAGUUUUUAUUUAAUUUACAAUGAACAAGAUAUUAUUUUUUUUAGUUUUUGUUUGUAUUUCUAUUAGUUUAGCUAAGAAACCUAAAGAUGAAGAAAAGCCGGAUUGGGCUAAAAAGGAUAUAAGAGACUUCUCUGACGCUGAUAUGGAAAGAUUAUUUGAUCAAUGGGAAGAAGAUGAGGAACCUUUGCCAGAAGAUGAAUUACCGGAACACCUUCGAAAGCCACCUUCAAUAGAUUUUACUAAACUGGACAUGUCAGACCCAGCAAAUGUCUUACAGGCAACUAAAAAGGGACAAACUUUGAUGAUGUUUGUCACAGUAGCAAACAAGCCUUCCAGAGCAAGGACUGAGGAACUGACAAAGAUCUGGCAGACCAGUUUGUGGAGCAACCACAUUCAAGUAGAAAGAUAUCUAGUAGAUGAUGACAGAGCAAUUUUCAUGUUCAAAGAUGGUUCUCAGGCUUGGACUGCUAAGGAAUUCCUCUUGGAACAGGAAGAACUCAAAGAUGUACAGUUAGAAAGUCAAACAUAUACAGGAAAGAAACCUGAUGUUAAAAACAAGUCUCUUCGUGAUGAAUUAUAAUAAUGUUAUUAUAAGCUACAUCUAUAGCAUAAUAAUGAAGUUUCCAGACAGCAUUUAUCAACAAUAAUAGCAGCCAUUUUCAAUGAUAUUGUUAUCACUAUAGUUUUAUUUACAGCACUUGGAAACUGAUAAAGAUAUUUUUUUGUAACUGUAUUAAGAAUUAAUUUAUCCUCUCUAUUUUUUCUACAUUAUUUUAUUAUACAUAGGAGCUUAACUUUAUAAAUAUUUGUUUGUGUCGAUUUAAAUCUGUACAUAAAGGAAAUCAGUUUAUUCUGAAAAGGUUGAAUCUAUUUUUCACAAUUAAUUUUUUUAUAAAUAAAUUAUGUGAAUGUGUA